AUGACCCCUAAGAAAAUGAUGGUAACUGUUUGGUGGUCUAGAGCCGGUGUAAUUCAUCACAGCUUCUUACCAAACGGCAUGAGCAUUGCUGCAGAUGUGUACUGUGAAGAACUAAUCACAAUAAUGGGGAAGCUCGCACGUCUCCAACCAGCUUUGGUCAAUCGCUCGGCUCCGCUGCUCCUGCACGACAACGCGCGACCUCAUACUGCACAGCAGACGAUCUGCAAGUUACAAGAACUGGGUAACAGCACAAUCAAAACGGAUACAGCGGAAACGUAUCAAAGGAUAAGCGACUACUACGCCGGGAAGUCGGUUUUCUUAACUGGUGGUACGGGGUUCCUGGGAAAGGUCUUGAUAGAGAGACUCCUGUCCACUUGUACGGACAUUGACAGCAUCUACGUCCUGAUUCGGGGUAAGAGAGGCAUGAACGCGGAACAGAGGCAGCAGCAGAUCACUGAUGUACCGGUACGUACAGCUGGUCACAACUGUACAUAUAUGUACGAUAAUCUCUUUGAUAAACUGAAGUCAUUAAAACCGAACACGUUGAAGAAAAUAAUAGCGAUCGAAGGAGACGUGACGAGACCGGAGCCGGUCGUAAGGACGAGCGACCAACAGAAGUUAAUAGACAAUGUGUCGGUUGUCAUACACUCAGCGGCGACCGUCAACUUUUCAGACACCUUCAGAGACACAAUGACAGUAAACUACGAGGGAACGAAGAAACUUGUGCAUUUGGCGAAGAAAAUUAAAAAUUUGGAGACGUUCGUGUACAUAUCGACAGCGUUUGCCAACUCAGAUAAGAUGAUAGUGGACGAGGUGAUGUACCCUCGUUUGAGGACGGAGGAGGAGGUGGACUCCUUCAUCGAUGUGUUCGGUGAUGAUGAACAAGCUGUGGAGAAGUUCUUGUGCGGUUCACCCAACAAAUACACGCUGUCGAAGGCCCUCUGUGAGAAUUACUUGCAAGAGAACCGUGGAAGUAUGAAGACUAUCAUUAUACGCCCGUCAAUUGUGACGCCCACGCUGGGCGACCCGCUGCCGGGCUGGUGCGACUCCUGGGUGGCCGCCACCGCGCUGUUCAGCGACGUGGCGCGGGGGCUCACCAGGGCCGUGCACGGGCACCGGGGGGUGGUGUGCGACCUGGUGCCCGCCGACCUCGUCUGCCACCUCGCCAUCGUGGCGGCGGCCAGGGGGAACCGGUGA